AUGGACCAUACCCACUAUAGCUCCAGCUCCAACCAGCCUGCCAAGGUGGCCCUGGUGCAGCUUGCCCCCAGAAUAGAAUUGCGAGUGGUGGGCUGCGAGCGGGGCGAUGCCGCCGCGGGGCGGCUGCUGCUGCUGGCGGCCCUGGCGGUCCAGGCCGUGGCGGCGUUCGAGCCCGUCAGCGUGGCCAUCGCCAUCGGGGCCGCCUCGGCCCUCACCGGCUACCUGUCCUACAAGGACCUGUACUGUCGCUUCGCCGAGUGCUGCCGCGAGAAGCAGCCGCUCAACGCGUCGGCCCUCAAGCUGGAAUUGGAGGAGAAGCUGUUUGGGCAGCAUCUGGCCACAGAGGUGAUUCUCAAGGCCCUGACUGGCUUCAGGAACAACCCAAAUCCCAAGAAACCACUGACUCUUUUCUUACAUGGCUGGGCUGGCACCGGCAAGAAUUUUGUGAGCCAGAUUGUGGCUGAAAAUCUUCACUCCAAAGGCCUAAAGAGUAACUUUGUCCACCUGUUUGUUUCGACUCUGCACUUCCCUCACGAGCAGCAGAUAAAACUGUACCAGGACCAGUUACAGACGUGGAUUCGGGGUAAUGUGAGUGCCUGUGCAAGCUCCAUGUUCAUAUUUGACGAGAUGGAUAAAUUGCACCUUGGGAUCAUUGACGCGAUCAAGCCCUUUCUAGACUACUACGAGCAGGUUGAUGGCGUGUCUUACCAGAAGGCGAUCUUCAUCUUUCUCAGCAAUGCAGGGGGGGACCUCAUAACCAAGACGGCCCUGGACUUUUGGCGGGCAGGAAGAAAGAGGGAAGACAUUCAGCUGAAGGACCUGGAACAUGUUCUGUCUGUCAGAGUUUUCAAUAACAAACACAGUGGCCUGUGGCACAGCGGACUGAUAGACAGAAACCUCAUCGAUUACUUUAUCCCCUUCCUGCCCCUGGAGUACACACACGUGAAGGAGUGUGUGCGUGCAGAGAUGAGGGCCCGCGGUUCUACCGUAGAUGAAGACAUUGUUACCAGAGUGGCAGAGGAAAUGACGUUUUUCCCCAAAGACGAGAAAAUCUACUCAGACAAGGGCUGCAAGACUGUGCAGUCGUGGCUGGAUUUUCACUGA